AUGUCAACCGAAAAAGUUGUUUUAGUUACGGGUGGCUCCGGACUCGUCGGGCAAGCCAUAAAGUGGGUAAUAGAAAACGAUAAUGGGCGUUUCGGCCGAAAAGAUGGUGAAAGGUGGAUAUUUCUUACAAGUAAAGAUGGAGAUUUACGUUCGCGAGAAGCAACGCAUGCAGUUUUUGAAAAGUAUAAGCCAACGCACGUAGUUCAUCUCGCUGCUUUAGUUGGCGGGCUAUUCAAAAAUAUGAAGUAUAAACUCGAUUUUUUACGGGAUAAUUUGCUUAUAAACGACAACGUCUUGCACACUGCACAUGAAUACAAGGUAGAGAAAGUUGUGUCGUGUUUAUCCACUUGCGUAUUUCCCGACAAGACAACUUACCCAAUCGACGAAACAAUGAUUCAUAAUGGACCGCCGCAUCCUUCUAACUUCGGAUACGCGUACGCGAAAAGAUUAAUUGACACACAAAAUAAAGCCUACUUUGAACAAUUUGGCCACCGGUUUACAUCAGUGAUUCCAACUAAUGUAUUUGGUCCGCAUGACAAUUAUGAUUUGCAAGAUUCACAUGUGAUCCCGGGUUUAGUUCAUAAAUGCUAUCUAGCCAAAAAAAAUGGAACUCCAUUUGUGGUUGCUGGCACCGGAAAACCUCUUCGACAGUUCAUAUAUUCACGCGACUUGGCAAGGUUGUUUAUAUGGGUGCUGCGGGAAUAUGAUGAAAUUGAUCCGAUAAUUUUAUCAGUGGGCGAAAAAGACGAAGUGUCGAUAAAAGAUGUUGCUGAUACAAUUGUAAAACAUUUGGGAUUUGAUGGAUCUUAUUCUUUUGAUACAACAAAACCAGAUGGACAAUUCAAAAAAACGGCUAGUAAUGCUAAGUUACUGAGUUAUCUCCCGGAUUUUGAAUUCACUCCAUUUGAUGUUGCUAUCCAAGAGUCAGUCAAAUGGUUUCUUGAAAAUUAUGAUAAAGCACGUACUGCUAACAUGGUUCGCCUAGCUUCUGAAACAUGGAAUGAGAUGAUAACACAGUUAAAAAUGCUUGUAGGCAGAAUUUACGUUAAACACGGCUAUCUUAUCAACAGUUUAUUACCCGCUCAACAAAAGAGACAUUAA